UCUUGUUUCAAAUAUUAAACUAAUUUUCCCAAAAUAGUUUUUCUACAAUACGUUUUCACCGGCCAUAAUGCCAGACGGUCUGUAAAGUUACUGAUGAUGAUCAUGCUGCUGCUGCUGCUGCUCAAAAUAAUAUGUACUUGAACAGAAAACGCAAGCACAAAAGCCUUACCAAUAUGCCACCUGUAACCGCCACGACCCCGACCACGACCACCACCACUGGCAAAACCCUAAGUUUAGCACCUUCACGUCUCAAAGACCUUCUCUUAGUACUCUCUUUCCUCAUAAUUCUCCACCUCAUUUUCCACUCUCCAUCCCCGCCGUCCCUCUCACGCGCCUUCAUUCCCAUCUCUACUCCCACCACGCGCCAUCACCUCCUCUUUUCUAUCGCUUCCUCUUCCUCUUCCUUUACUCGCCGUGAACCCUAUCUCCGUCUCUGGUACAACCCUAAUUCCACGCGUGCAUUCGCUUUCCUCGACGUCAACACGUCAUCACUCUCUGUGGACCCCACGCUUCCUCCUGUUAUCAUCUCCAAGGACACCUCUCGCUUCCCUUACACCUUCAAAGGGGGCCUAAGGUCGGCGAUCAGGGUGGCGCGUGUGGUAAAAGAAGCAGUUGAUAAAAAUGUACCGGACAUUAGGUGGUUUGUAUUCGGAGAUGAUGAUACGGUGUUUUUUGUGGAUAGUUUGGUAAAAACGUUGUCGUUUUAUGAUCAUAAUAAGUGGUAUUAUAUAGGGAGCAAUUCAGAGAGUUAUGAACAGAAUAUGAAGUAUUCGUUUGAUAUGGGUUUUGGCGGUGGUGGAUUUGUGAUUAGUUAUUCACUAGCUAAGGUUUUGGCUAGGGUUUUGGAUUCCUGUUUGGUUCGCUAUGGUCAUUUGUACGGGAGUGAUGCUAGGGUUUUUUCUUGCUUGGCUGAGUUGGGUGUUGGCUUGACUCAUGAACCCGGUUUUCAUCAGGUUGAUAUGCGGGGGAAUUUGUUUGGCAUGCUUUCUGCACAUCCAUUAUCACCUUUGCUGUCCCUUCAUCAUUUAGAUGCUGCAGACCCACUCUUUCCGAAUAUGAGCAAGAUUCAAGCUUUAGGGCACCUUUUCGAAGCUGCUAAUGUUGAUCCUACCAGGAUCUUGCAGCAAACUGUAUGCUAUGAUCAUACAAAUUUGUUGACGAUUUCAGUUGCAUGGGGAUAUUCUAUUCAGAUUUUUGAAGGGAACGAACUUCUUCCAGAUCUCCUUUCUCUACAAAGGACCUUUAGACCAUGGAGGAGAGGUGCAAAUGUUGACUCCAGCCAUUAUAUGUUCAAUAUGAGAGAAUAUCCUAGGGAUCAAUGUAAAAGACAACCUGUCUUCUAUAUGGAAAGUGUUACAUCUGUUGGUGACGGUGUUUGGAGCAAUUACAUCAGGCACAAUAUUGGAAAAUGCCCUAGAUUUAAAGCCAUCAAGAAUCUGGAGCAUAUCAAAAUCUUUUCUCGUAAACUAGAGUCUUAUAGUCAACAGAUGAAAGUUCCUCGUCGACAGUGUUGUGACAUUUCUCCCUCAUUUAAUGAAUCCAUGGAAAUUAACAUUAGGCAUUGUGGCACGGAUGAACUGAUUUCUAUGCAUUUCUAGCCUAACCUGGGAAAUUGCUGCUAUAAAGAGAAGGAAUUACGUAUUAAGCUCUCGAAGUUGGAAUCAAUUUUGGUCCGUUAUUUGGGUCUGCAGAGGGGGUUUUGGAAAUUUUUCAUGCUGCUGCUUAAUGAAGCAGCCACCAUUUUUUUUUGGGUAACUAAGUUAGGGUUUCUUGGGUCCCCCUUCUCCAGUGUUAUGCUAUUCUCACUGCCUGCCGCCGAUCAGCCUACGUCUGAAGUUUCGUCGCCAGAAACCUUGUGCGUGGCCCACAAACGCCGCCACAAGCUUUCUGCUAUAAUACCAUGCGCUGGCUCAUCUGCAGCCGGAAAUUGCUCCGGUUUAUGUCGGUUGACUCCUCUUGACUUCUACAACUUGUCUGUGUACCUGUUUGGGUCAAUAUUAGUCGUGGUGUGGGAUCUCUUUUGGUACAGUUAGACAUCAAGAUUGCUUUUCUCCAUGGGGAUCUUCAGGAGGAAGUUUAUAUGGAGCAACCGCCUGGCUUUGUUGCUCAGGGGGAGUAUGGGAAAGUUUGCUAUCUUCAUAAGUCUCUGUACAAAUUGAAGCAGAGUCCUCGUGCUUGGUUUGGAAAGUUCAGUCAGGCAGUUGAGAAGUUCGGCAUGAAGAAAAAUACUGACUGGGCGGGGUCCAAGGAUGAUUAAAGAUCUACUUCAGGCUAUUGUGUAUUUGUUGGAGGGAAUUUGGUCAUGGAAAAGUAAGAAGCAAAAUGUUGUCUCGCGUUCAAGUGUGGAGUCAGAGUAUAGAGCUAUGGUCAAGGCAGUAUGUGAAAUAACGUGGAUGUAUCGGCUUUUAACUGAAGUAGGACUUAAAACUUCAGUACCAGCUAAGUUGUGUGAUAACCAAGCUGCUCUUCACAUUGCAUCCAAUCUUGUAUUUUAUGAACGAACUAAGCAUAUUAAAAUUGAUUUCCAUUUCGUUCAUGAGAAGAUUCAACAAAGAUUGAUUCCCACAGGUUAUGUGAAGACAAGAGAACAACUAGGAGAUAUCUUCAUGAAGGCUCUUAAUGGGAUUUAAGUUGAUUAUCUCUGUAACAAGUUGGGCAUGAUUUAAUAUCUAUGCCCCAGCUUGAGGGGCAGUGUUAUGAAAGUUGUAUAGGAUUGUAUAUAGUAAUUAGAAGACCUAAUUUAAUUAAGAGUUCUAGUUCUAUUUAAAUUAGGAUUGUAUGUAUUGUGUAUAUAUAUGGGUCUAACUCUCUUGAUUAAAGAAUAUAAUAUUUUUGAUUCUUCA